AUGGAAUUUGAUUAUCGCAAGUACCCUGAGAAGUGUACUGAAUUUGGCAACGGGUACACAUGGUUGAUCAGGAUCAGUCUCUGCCAGCGCAGGAGUAUUUGGGAGGUAAAACGGUACAAUGACCCUCAUACUUGUCUGGCCACGUCAAUCUCAAGCGAUCACAUGAGUCUUGAUUAUCAUGUGAUCUCGGCCUACAUCAUGCCAAUGGUUAGAGCUGAUGCAUCCGUCUGUAUCAAGGUACUGCUGAAUACGACAGAGGCACAUUUCGGGUUUAAUCCGACUUAUAGGAGGGUUUGGUUGGCUAAGCAGAAGGCCGUGGCAAAGAUUUACGGAGACUGGGAUGAGUCAUACAACGAGCUACCGCGAUGGGUCUUAGGUGUGCAGCUGACGAUGCCUAGUAGUGUUGCAGUGUUGAGGACGAGUCCUGUUCGAGUGGGUGGGCUGGUGGAUGACUCGCAAGCCUAUUUUCACCGGCUUUUCUGGACAUUCCCACCGUGUAUAGAGGCAUUCCAUCAUUGCAAGCCGUUGGUCAGUAUUGGCGGGACGCACCUGUACGGUAAAUAUGGGGGUACGCUGCUCGUUGCGAUUGCACAAGACGGGAACUCCAACAUCCUGCCUGUUGUAUUUGCACUCGUGGAGGGUGAGAAUGCUGAGUCCUGGUCUUUUUUUCUAUCCCAUCUCCGCCAGCACGUGACCCUGCAGCCGAGUAUUUUAGUGAUAUCAGAUAGGCACAAUAGUAUCAAGACCGCACUUGAGGCUCCGGACGGAGGUUGGCUACCACCUGCUGCAUACCGUGCAUUUUGUAUUCGACAUGUGGUUGCAAAUUUUUCCCUCACUUUUAAGGGCAAGAAUGCACGGAGGCUUCUUGUGAAUGCGGCAUAUGCGAAGACUGAGGUGGAAUUCGAUUACUGGUUUGAUAUUCUACGAAGUGAAAAUCCUGCCAUGUGUGACUGGGCUAACAGGAUUGAGUAUGCAAUGUGGACUCAACAUCGGGAUGAGGGUAGGAGAUUCGGCCAUAUGACGACGAAUAGUACCUUGAGGCCAAAGGCCAAUUGA